ACAUUUAUAUGGUUCUUCCGAGAAACCAGAUCUAUUGGCAAGAGAAAGCCUAUCAGACAAACCAAAGGAGGUGCGGCCAACACUAGCUGGUUUAUUAUGUGGCUGAGCAUGUAACCACUUGUUUAAACCUUGGGUGAAAUUCCCUUCUGUCAGUGAGGUCAGUUGGCAGUUGCACGAUGAAUAUCAUCUCCAAUUCAACUUAAAAUGGAUGUUUGGAAAAUGCUUAAAACAAUGCUGGUCACUGCAGCUUAUUUUAUCAUUCUUCUGAAAUUAGUGAAUAGUGCAGGAUUUAUUACACUGCAUGCUCAUGGAAACCAGAUGAUGAACUGCAAAGAGAAGGCCGUCUUACAAUGUAACAUCAGCUCGUCGAAUAGUUCUAAGAUCUUAGAAAUGAAGUGGGGAAAACAUAACGAACGUUUUGAAUGUGAUGCAAGAUCCACCAUCAGCACCUCUCCAGCAUUUGAGUGUAACUACACGAGGGAAGCGUUCACAUUAACAAUUUUACAUCCUAAACCGGCAGACGUGGGCAUAUACUUUUGUAGCAUAAAAACAAAUUCUGGACAUGAUUUUAAGGAACUUAAUGUGUCUAUAGAAGGAGAAUGCACUGGAGAAUCCUUUCCAAUGGCUGGGCCCGAAAAGUUCCAAUGUACCUUCACCGGCAUUUACCCGGAGGGCACAAUACACUGGUUUCACAAUGAUGAUAAUGUCACUUCUUACUCUAACAUCACAAGCCUGCCCAACACUGAUGGAACAUUUAACAUCACAAGUGUCCUACAGAUACCACACACUGAACACAUGUAUAAUUGUUUUCUGAUGUUGCCCAUAAAUGGACAAUACAUUGAAACGCAACAGUUGGCUCUGAGGUCUGGAAUCAAGAGACAGCAUUGCUCAUGGACACUUCUUCUUAGUGGACUGAUUUUGAGAAUCUUUCUGCUUCUGUCGUCUUUAUAAAGCCACCUUAAUAUCCCAAACUGGGAACAUAAUCCAGAGAAACACCUUGCUGCGCCUGAAUCAGGUCCAUCUACUAAAACAACUAAUACAGAAAUAAAAGAAUCUGAGAUUUUCCUGAA